AAGGCGGCGCUUUAAAAAAGGUAGUCCUAGAAGGUGGCUCCGUUUCUCCCACGCAAGCUCCUCAGCUGUAAGCGGCACCUGAUUAAACACCCCUGGUGCACGGACCUUGCCAUUUUCCCCAUGAGCUGCUUGGGCAAUGGCAAUGGGUGCUCCUCGGAUGAACGGCACAGCCCAUCCUCUCUCCGCCAUAGCAGGGCACUGCAACGCCGAAGCGGACGAGGGCAGCAUGGUCGUCGUGGCCAGCAAAGAUGACAAGCAUGCGGCUGAGGAGAUGUCCGCGUCCAUGCAGCAGCGGCUGGUUGAGAGCAGCACUGCCUCAACCGGCGUGGAUGAGGAAGACACCGAUGCUGUCGAGAUGGCGGCGCGCAUGCAGCGGCGGCUGGACGUGCUCCCGGGAAGGCCGCACGAGAGCGAGCCCUUCACUAUCUUCCGUGUAGCGGGGCCCAUGCGUGACCGCAACCGCCACCUCUAUGAGCCGCAGAUGGUUUCCAUCGGACCCUUCCACCGCGGUGCUGCUCACCUCCGUGCCAUAGAGGAGCACAAGUGGCGCUACCUCCGUGACCUCCUUUCUCGGAGCAGCGGCGAUGGCGCUGCAACGCUCGCUUCCUAUACUGAGGCCGCGCGGGUGCUGGAGCCCCGUGCACGCCGUCACUACACGGAGCCUACGGGCCACCUCUCGGCUCGAGACUUCGUCGAGAUGCUCCUCCUUGACGGUUGCUUCAUCAUUGAGUUCUUCCUCAAGGGCGAGGACCGUGCUAGCGACGCGCUCAUCGAUGCCGCCUGGGCCAUGCAGAACGUGUCCAACGAUCUCUUACUCCUUGAGAACCAACUCCCCUUCUUCGUCCUCGAGUGCUUCUAUGGCCUCGCCACUGGCGGCCUCGGCCGUGACCACCUCGUCACUAACCUCCUCGCCAAGUACCUCACCGUUGAGACCCCACAAGACGCGGCCACGGCCAAGCCUCCCGACGGUGAGAUCCACCACAUUCUCCACCUCUACUACCACUGGUUCCUGCCGACGGAGGAUGUUGCUCCCGCUGCCGACAACAACCAAGAAGCAGAGGACAAGGCGUUUGAUGAGUGGCUGGCAAAGCCAAUGGACGAGCGGGUGCCAUGGCUACUGCCCUCGGCGUCCGACCUAAAAGACGCCGGUGUCACGUUCCGAGCCAAGAAAUCCCCUCGGAGCCUCGUCGACGUGACCUUCCGUCCCGGCGAUGGCGUGCUGGAGAUCCCUGCUGUGGAGAGCUACACGAACCGGGCGGCCUUCGCCAACCUGCUGGCGUACGAGCAGAGCCGGGGCCGGUGGGAGCUGCAGCGGCUGAUGAGCUACGUGGUGCUAAUGGCGUCGGUGGUGCGGAACGGGCGGCGCGACGUGGAGAUCCUGCAGCGGGCUGGGGUGUUCGUCAAGGGCGACGAGGAGACGGCGGCGUUCUACGCGCACCUUGGCGAGCUGCUGGGCGGGGCGGCAACGGCAUGGGGCCCGGCGCACGACGACUACUACACCGACCUGUUCCGAGACGUGAGGGAGCACUGUGGCCGGAGCUGGAACCGGCACCGCGCCGUGCUCGCGCACGACUACUUCAGCAACCCGUGGACUACCAUGUCCGCCGCUGCGGCCGUGCUGCUGCUCGUCCUCACCGUCGUGCAGACGGUGUACACUGUACUGCCCUACUACCACUCGUAGGUGUGAAAUACUUACAAGGAUCAAGUUGAAGCUGCUGAAUUUUCAAUCUUUUUGACCUACUCAGUGGCAUCUCUUGCCAAUGGUCAAAGAUUUAUCUCCUGGCACAUGUUUCCAAGCCCUGGAAGGUGGCUCCGGUGCUCCCACGCAGUCUCCUCAGCUGCAACUUGCAAGAUCUUCUUUCUUAGUACCACAAUUGGAUAUUGAUGGGUCCGUUGUAUGGAAAACAAAUUUUUUUUUACGAGAAGUGCGGAAGAAACCCAAGAUAAUACCUACUACAUGUAAGUAAUGAGAGGGAUUAUGAGCAUCA